AUUAGAGUAGUAUUUGUUUCAGGUUUAGUGAUAUUGUUAUUUGGAUUGUAAUUAUUUGUUUGCUUUAUUAUUUUCCGUUUGUGUGGGUUGCAUAUUUUGUUGAUCGCGUUGAUCCGGACAUAAUUCCUACAGACAUCUACUUGCACUCGGUUGUUUGGAGUGCUACGGUGCCAUUGGUAUCUUUUGAAUGUAUUGAAUGGCAUGCAACCGACAGGUUUAGACGACAGUUCGGUUUCGUUCAGGGAGUUCCUCAUCAGGAACGGAAUCUAGAGAAGGCACACAGAGAAGUCUUGACUGGUCCUAAGAAUCUUAACUGGGCCACAACCACGACCCAUUCAUUUUGGGUGAUGUAGUGGACAAACAGGUAUAAUCACGUUCUUACUGAGCUUCCUAUGGCUCCACAACAUCCCUUAGAUAUUUACAUGUACUGGGACCGUUUAAAAUAUGGCAAUCACUUGAACUUGUCGGAUCUUGUGGUUCAAGAGGAUGUUGAGGGUAAUCAGGUUAUGGAUGAUGACAAUCAAGAGCAUGAGCCACAGUCACCGGCACCUCCAUCUCCACAUCCACCUCCACAAAAACAACCUCAGUCCUCAAGCCAAUAUGUACCUCAAACACAGUUUACCCCAUCGUUCCUAAUACAUCAGCAGUAUUGGAGUACGCCACAUUUUGACUCAGGAGACGGAGCUUCUUUUAGCCAGUUGCUUGGGUUCAUGGCUUCAGAUGCCGGCCAAGCACAAUAUGGCCAUCAGCCUGAUUUCAUGGUGGGUAGGCAUUCCUUCGACGUGAGGCAUCCAUGUCGCACUUCCUCAGGUGCUUCUGGAGGGUUGGUAUUUGGUGAUUCUAGUAGGAGUGAUGGUGGUCGAGAAAUUCUUAAUAGUCAAAACCCUCACCGUGUUUCGAUGACUCUGAUUGAAGAAAAUACUAAGACAUUUGAGCAUGAGACUGAUGAGUAUCUAGUGGAUGAAGAUGAGGACAUGGACGAGGAUGAAGAAUCCCGUAAUGAUGCAGGUGACGCAUGUACUCCAGAUGAGACAGGCAAAGGCUACAAUAUCAAGAUUGAUCCGCCGCGUCGUACCGCAAGUUGA